AUCAAAUCUGACAAGUUCUUAACAUAAUAAUUGACCCAGAAAAGAACAAAGACGUUUUUUCUUGAAACAGUUCUCCCGACUCCAAUGGCAGCCUGAUGAAGCAGGAAAAACUGGGAAAGAUUUGAUUUUUUAUCAAAUUAAAGGGAACUAAGGGUAUAAUUUACAAGUCAGGGCGAUAUUGAAGAACAAAGAAAUAAAAAUCGCUGUUUGCAGUUUUUUUCGUCAUCAUCAUCGAAGUUUAAUGAACACUGCUACUCAGUUCAGAACAGUCAAAAUGAAAGAGCUAAGAAAGAAACAUUACUGGGUUUGCAAUUUUCCUAAAAAGCCUUUUUCUAUUUUCUUUUUAUUUUUAUUCUCUGGUUUCAUCGCCGGGAAACUCAUCAGGAGGAGGAAGACGACCCAUUAGCGGCCAGAGCGUCGCUGUUAUGGAGACUGUAGUGAUUUUGGCUGUCACUGUUGCUUUCCUGACGAAGGCUGAAUCGGGCGGCGUGUGGGGCCGGCUCCAAAUGGUGACAAUUUAUACCACCGAUGUCAAAUCCGUUCUCGUUGUUGGCGCCGGCGCCGGCGGACCCGCCGGAGCCGUCCCUCUUACCGACGGUGUUCUUGUUGUUGUGCAUCCAGACCUUCAAAACGCCUCUCUCCACUCCGAUUUCGCGGCAGAAAUGGUUGAUGACGUCCUCGUCUCGCUUCUGGAACCUCCACCCCACCCUCUCGGCGAAUUCCAUCAUCCUCUGUUUCUGAUCUGGGGAGAAUUUCGUUCUGAAGCGCUUUCUCCCCUUCAGAUGCGCUGCCGGGACGGCGGAAGCAGGGUUUCCCGCGGCGGAGAUGGGGGUAUUGUUGUCUGUCGGGUGCCCGGCCGACAGGCCGGUGCUCAGAGCGAGCAGCAUCUGCGGCGCCGACGGGUAGUACGAUGAGGAGAUUGGCGGCGGAGAUGACGAAUUCGGGCUCCCGUUCUCGUGAUUCGGCGGCGGAGGCGGGUGGUGGCGGUGAUGGGGCUGGUAAUCCAGGGCGGGCAGGGCGCUGGGGAGCUGCAGGGGCUCCUCCGGCUCGCGGCGGUGGAAAUUCCGGUGGCACCCACAGGCGGCACAUUUCAGGGAGGUAGGGUCGGCGGGAGUGGCGGUGGGGGAAGGCAUGAACUCCCCGCAACCGUCGACGGCGUGGCCACCGAGAGUGGCGGCGUGGUUCUUGAGGCACUCCUUGUAAACCACCACCACGGCGUGGUGGCGGUGGAGGGAAUUGUGGCGCUUGAGCACGCCGUUGCUGCUAAAGGACAGUGGCUUAACUGCGGCCGGGAUCCGGGCAGAAGGCGGAGUUUCUUUUUCUUGAGGUACGGCGGCGGCCGCGGCGGCGGUGGCAGGAUGAUUGUUGCUUAAAUCCAUAAUCUGCUAAACACCAAACAGUGGGUCUGAACUUAAUUAGCAGCUAGCUAGCUGCGGGCCUUUGCUAGCUUUUGGGUUUUCUCUUUAAAUCUGAUGAAAUACCAAUAAAUAAGUUAUGGUCUUUAAGAAUCUGAGAUUAGAUUAGGGUUAAGAAUCCAUGGGAAAUGAUGAUAAAGAGAGAGGGGAGAUGAAGGAAAGCUAAGGAAAGAAGAGUGAAGUUAUUAAGAAUGGGGAAUGGGGUUUUGUUUUGGAAUAAAAAAAAUUAUGGCUGAGGAGUUGAUGAUGAA